UUUUUUAACAAGUUGAAAAUCAAUCACAAACAUCUUCAGACACUGCUUUAAUUCCGCGCUUUCGUAGCUUUUCUCGCCGAAGCAUUAACUAAAACAGAUAAUCCAAAAAUCCUCUCUUGUUUCUUCUCCUCGACUUGUCUCAGCUCUUACAAGGUCAAGAAGUAUUUAGGCCCACCAAGUGUUUAACAAGAAAAAAAAAAGAAACAAACAAAGAAAAAAAAGGCAAUUUGGCAUUUGGUGACUAAGAGAGGGAGGAUACUGGUUCGUGGAGGCAAUUUAACUUCUGCGAGCUUAGAGUCCUCUCUCAUUCUCUAUUUAUUGUGCACGAGAAUACUUCUUGAUGCUUAUGAGAUUUGCUAGAGAGUGAGAUAAGUAACACCAUGGGUUCUGUUUGUUGCUGUUUGCAUGCUGAUGAUUUUCAGGAUUAUAGGAAUCCUGAGGAUUCUGUAUAUAGAAACUGCAUGUGCCUGGGUUGCUUUGUUCAGAAUUUCUUUCAUGUGUACACCUCAAUAUUUCAAAGAGGGCAACUGCAUUCUGUCCCUUCAUCCAUUCAAGGGGCAGCAUCUCUGACUUCUUCUUCAUCUCUUGACAACUCUCUUGCUGACAUGUACCGAUCUCCUCCACGGCCUUUGCCCUAUGAUGCUGACCCCAGAUGCAUUCGCUUGCAGCGUGAUGGUCUGGUUUCAAGACGUGAUAAGGGUUCAAGUCAUUCACACGAGGAAUCAGAACCCUUGAGAAGUGAUAGUGAUGUUGAUUCUGAAUCCUUCAGCACAGGAGACAAAUGGAAUGUGUCUGCUUGUGAAGAUGGAGGCAAGGAACAGCGUUCUAGAUCCUCACAAAAGCUCUCAUCUGCAAAAGCAACAGUUGGAAAUGGAUAUGUUUAUUCAUCCUCAGAAGAAGAGGAUGUCUGUCCAACAUGUCUUGAUGAAUAUACUCAAGAGAACCCAAAGAUAAUGACAAAAUGCUCUCACCAUUUCCACCUUGGUUGCAUUUAUGAGUGGAUGGAAAGAAGUGAUAGCUGCCCAGUCUGUGGCAAGGUGAUGUUAUUCGAUGAAACGACUUGAUCUUGCUUCAAAGGUUAGUCUCGUGGAUGAAACAAGCUACAGCAGAGAAGAGGGUAAAAGAAGACUGUAUAGAGUUCUUUGUGAAUACCGCAAGUGUUUGCUGUCUAUAUUGUAAAUGAACGAUUGGUCUACAUGACAAUUGUUACAAAGUACAUUCUCUUCCAAAAGCCCGUUCUUAAUUUUUUUUUCCCCAUCCAUAUGAAUGAAAAAUCUGCUUACAGUUUCAUAAUAA